AUGUUAUGUAUUAUAAAAAUAUUUUUCUUUAUAUUAAUAUUAUUUUUUUUUAUACCAAAAAAUUUAAAUGGAUCUGAAGAUGAAGAAAGAUUAAUGCAAGAUAUUUUUAAAGGCUAUAAUUCACUUAUAAGACCAAUACAAAAUGAUAGUGAUGGUCCAUUAGUUGUAAGAGCUUCAUUACAAUUAGUAUUAUUGAUAAAUGUUGAUGAAAAAGAUCAAAUUAUGCAGACAAAUGUUUGGUUAACAUUAAAAUGGCAUGAUUUUCAAAUGAAAUGGAAUCCUAUAGAUUAUGGUAACAUUCAAGAUAUACGAGUAUCUCCUGAUAAAGUUUGGGUACCAGAUAUUGUUCUUUUUAAUAAUGCUGAUGGUAAUUACGAAGUUUCAUUUAUGUGUAAUGUUGUUAUAAAUCAUAAAGGAGAUGUUCUUUGGGUACCACCUGCUAUAUAUAAAUCCAGUUGUAUAAUAGAUGUUGAAUAUUUUCCGAUGGAUCAACAAAUAUGUCACUUAAUAUUUGGAUCAUGGACAUAUAAUGAAAAUGAAAUUACUUUAGAUUUUGAUCAAGCAUCAUUUAUAGAUUUAUCAGAAUAUUCACCAAGUUCAAUAUGGGAUGUUUUAGAUGCCCCAGCUGCUUUGGUAAAAAAACGUUCACGUAUAGAAUAUCAAUUAAAAAUUAGAAGAAAAACUUUAUUUUAUACAGUUGUUUUAAUUAUACCAACAGUUGUUAUGGCAUUUAUAUCAAUGUCUGUAUUUUUUUUACCAACAGAAUCAACAGAAAAAAUUUCAUUAACAACAUCUGUUCUUUUAUCUAUAGUAGUUUUUUUAUUGUUAGUCUCAAAAAUUCUCCCACCAACAUCAUCAACAAUUCCAUUAAUGGCAAAAUAUUUACUUUUAACAUUUGUUCUUAAUGUUAUUACAAUUUUAAUUACAGUUAUAAUUAUAAAUGUUUAUUUUAGAGCACCAACAACACAUAGAAUGCCAAAAUGGGUUAGAGUUGUUUUUUUAGAAUUUUUGCCUAAAUUUCUUUGUAUGAAAAGACCUAAACAGAUAAGUGCUGUUAAAAAGAAAACCAAUAAAAUGGCUAGUAAAAGUAAAUUGCCUGGUGUUGGUGAAUUUACAAUAAGUAAAAGUAGUCAUCAUCCAUUAUGUCCAUCUGUAAUAAAAAAUCAAACGGGAAAUGUUGUUGAUCAAUGGCCGGUACCAGCUAUACAUAUUUAUGAACCUGAAUCUAUUGAUACUGGAAAAGAUAUUUUUACAGCACAAUUUUAUCCAUUAACAGCUGAAGCAUCAAAAGCAAUUGAUGCUAUUGAAUAUAUAACAGAUUAUAUUAAACAAGAUGAAGAAUAUAAAAUGUGUCGUGAUGAUUGGAAAUAUGUUGGUAUGGUAAUAGAUCGUCUAUUAUUAUUUGUCUUUUUUGGAGUUACAUUAGGUGGAACAUUUGGUGUUUUAUUAAGUUCACCAACAGUUCUUGAACAUGUCAAUCAAAAAGUUGAAUUAGAAAGACUUCGAGAAAUAUAUAAUAGUUAUAAAAAAGGACCAUAA